GCGCAGACGGGCUGCCCCACAGCUUUCUCUCUCUCAGUGUGCCACACAAAGUUUGUCUGGAAUUAUCAGAACUGAAACAAACAUUCUGGAAACACAUCUCUGAGGACAUUCAGUUACUUCAGGAGUUCUGAGGAUGAUGUCAGAGUUCACACUAUGAUCUGAGGAUUUUGCUGGGAAAGAUUCUGAGCGUUCAGGUUCAGGACCAGAUCUCCCUUGGUUUGAGGAUCCAAUCGCAACAGGAUUCUCAGUGACAGUUUUGCCUUCAGUAUGUGGUUCAUGAACUUCUUGAGAAACGCAGUAUAAUGCGCAAAUGGACGCUGCCAUGGAAACUGCCAAACUUGCUGUGUGGACUGUGGUUGCACGUCGUGCUGGUCUUAAGCUGUAUAUGCGUGUGUGACGGCGAGGGGGUUGCUGGUCAGUUGUCUGUGACCGACUGUUUCAAGCACGAACGCCACUCCAGGAACUACGACUACAUGGAAGGAGGGGAUGUUAGAAUCCGACGCCUCUACAGUCGCACACAAUGGUUCCUCACAGUCGACGAGUAUGGGAACAUCAACGGAACACAGGACCCCAACAACUGUUACAGUGUUCUGGAGAUCAGGACCGUUUCAGAGGGUGGCGUGUUGGCCAUAAAAGGACUGAAGAGCCAGUAUUAUAUUUCCAUGAACCGCACCGGAAUGUUACAUGGCAAGAAAGACUAUAACGACAGCUGCAACUUCAAAGAGGUGUUUUUAGAAAACUACUACACAGCAUACUCCUCUGUGAAAUGGAUUAAAAAUGGCAAAGAGAUGUUCAUCUCUCUGUCACAGAAGGGGAGACCACUGAAAGGCAAGAAGACAAGGAAAGAAAGUAUCGCUUCUCACUUCAUCCCUCGAAAGUGCAGUGAAGAUUAAAAGAAACUGGCAUAAAGCCACCACAUGUCCAAAUUUGUAAACAUAGACGCAGUGAGAUCGCACAAGCUGUUUAUACAAUAUUACUGCAUUUGUUUUGGGUUUCACCUGUC